CCUCAGUACCAGUUGGCAGGAGCUUGGAGAGCACUGGCCAACGGCCUGCCUUGCGAUGGCUUUGCAGCGGGAGGUCGCUGACAGAGCAGAGGAAGGUGAGGGAUGGCUGUCCCCAGGGUCCCCACAGGCGUUGGCUGGGCUGUGUGUGUGGCUGUGAGCAGUGCAGGGGGAAGGCGGCAGCCUGGGCCGCGUGCUGUGUGUGAGGCAGCGUGGGCAGCCUGAGCCCAAGCACUGUCCCCACGCCCGGCACUGCCCGUGGCCGAGCCCCUCACAGCGUGCUGGCCCUGACACACAGGUGCAGCCAUGGCAGCGGCAGCGGUGAGGGAAGAACUCCGAGUGCAGGAGAUUCUGCCCCAGUGCUGUGCCACGGCCCAAAGCAGCAGCGACAGGGACUGGCAGCGUAUGAACGAGGCAUUGCAGUGUCUUGAAAGACAGAGCCAAGCCUCGUGGCAGCUGCAGGAGGACAUAGGCGAGCUGCAGGUGACUUCACAGAGCCACAGCACAGGUGCAGUUGGAUGGGCCGCAGCCGCUGAGCUCCUGCUCUCUUUCCACGUGCAUGACAAUAGUCUGGACCUGAACGGGCAGAACCAUCUCAGAGUGGUGAAGGAGGAGGCCUUGACACAUCUCCAACACCGAGACCAGGAGAUGCGGCAGAUGAGGCUGGAGACAGCUCAGCUGAGAAUGGAGGUGACCCAGCUGAAGAGCUCUCAGGUGUUGCAGCAUUUCCAAAGCCAAGGCCAGGAGAUGCAGGAGCUGAGGAAUGAGAUGGCCAAGCUGAGGAAUGAGAUGGCCGAGCAGAGCAUGGAGGUGACCCAGCUGAAGGAGGAGAAUCGUCACCAGGUGGCAAAUAGCAGAAGGGAGAGCUCUGUGGUGCUGCAGCUAUUUGAAAGCCAAGACCAGGAGAUGCAUCAGCUGAAGCUGGAUGUGGCCCAGCUGCUCGCGGGGAUGGGUCAGCUGAAGUUCAUGGAGGAGGAAAAGCUGGGAAAGCUGGAGCAGCUCAGAAUACAGAGCUCUGAGGUGUUGCAGCGAUUUGAAAGCCGAGAACGGGAGAUGCAUCGGCUGAAGCUGGAGGUGGCCCAGUUGGUGGCGGGGAUGGCUCAGCUGAAGAAGUUCAUGGAGGAGGAGAAGCUGGGAGAGCUGGAGCAGCUCAGAAUACAGAGCUCUCAGCUGUUGCAGCAUUUCCAAAGCCAAGGCCAGGAGAUCCAGGAGCUGAGGAAUGAGACGGCCAAGCAGAGGAAUGAGACGGCCGAGCUGAGGAAUGAGAUGGCCGAGGUGAAGGAGCGGAAUGAGGAGCUGGAGAAGUUGGUGGAGCAGCUCAGAGCAGUGGAGAGCUCUCAGCUGUUGCAGCAUUUCCAAAGCCAAGGCCAGGAGAUCCAGGAGCUGAAGAAUGAGACGGCCAAGCAGAGGAAUGAGACGGCCGAGCUGAGGAAUGAGAUGGCCGAGCUGAAGGAGCGGAAUGAGGAGCUGGAGAAGUUGCUGGAGCAGCUCAGAGCAGUGGAGAGCUCUCAGCUGUUGCAGCAUUUCCAAAGCCAAGGCCAGGAGAUCCAGGAGCUGAAGAAUGAGACAGCCAAGCAGAGGAAUGAGACGGCCGAGCUGAGGAAUGAGAUGGCCGAGCUGAAGGAGCGGAAUCAGGAGCUGGAGAAGUUGGUGGAGCAGCUCAGAGCAGCGGAGCAUUUCCAAAGCCAAGACCAGGAGAUGCAGGAGCUGAGGAAUGAGAUGGCCAAGCUGAGGAAUGAGACGGCCGAGCAGAGCAUGGAGGUGACCCAGCUGAAGAUGCAUAACAUCUGUGAGUAUGUGGAUGCCAGUGAAAAGAAACAGUGUCAGCUGCAGGAGAAGCUGCCUCUGGAGAUGGAGCGGAUGAGAGUGGAGAUGGUUCAGCUGAAGUACAACGUGGCCUUGACACAUCUCCAACACCAAGACCAGGAGAUGCAGCAGGUGAAGCUGGAGACAGCUCAGCUGAGCAUGGAGGUGACCCAGCUGAAGGAGCGGAAUCAGGAGCUGGAGAAGUUGGUGGAGCAGCUCAGAGCAGCAGAGGAAGAGAAUCAUCACACAACAGAAAAAGAACUGAAGCAGCUCAGAAGGGAGAACCUUUACAGAAAACAGUGCUUAGAAAUGGCCACUGAGAAGAACAAGAAGCUGGAGAAGCAGCUGGCCAAGCUGAGGAGGCACCAAGAGAAGCAAAGCCUGGCUGAGGAAAUAGAGAACAGCAGAGAGAACCGGAGCCUGGCUGAGCUGGGACUGGACAGCUCUCAGAACCGCAGCGUGGAUGAGGAUAGAGAGACCGGCACAGAGAACCACAGCCAGGCUGAGGUUGGACUGAAUGGCUCUCAGAACUACAGCCUGCCUGAGGAUGGACUGAAUGACUCUCAGAACCAUGGCCUGGCUGAGAGUAGAGAGAAUAGCUUUGUGAAUCACAGCGUGGCUGAGCGGGGCCUGGACGUCCCUCAGCAGCAGACCCUGCCUGAAGAUGGAGAGCAUAACACACAGAAACACACAUACUGGUGAGUGUCCCCCCUGGCUGUCCCCUGCCCUGAGGCUGACUCCCACUCACAAGGCCGGGCUGCUGGGGGGUGCUGGGGGGCUCCUGGGGGCUCUGCAGCUGGCAGGGAGCAGCAUCGCUUUGCCCUAGGCUGGGCUGUUUUCCCGGCCUUGUGGGGUGUCCUGCGCUGCCCAAGGCAGCAACGAGAAGGACGGGGAGCCAGCCCGUGGGGCUCCUGCCAUCCUGUGGGCAAGAUGGGCUUGGGAUGCAGCCACCUUCUUCUGCCCCCCAGGAAACUCUUCCUGUUCUUCUUCUGCCUGAUGGUCUUCCUGAGCUUCGCUGUGCCUUUUGUGCUGCUCUACAGCUUCUCCUAUGAGCACAGGUUCGUCUACAACCUGCUCUUGUAUGUGAUGUCUGAGACAACCUACGCCAAGCUGGUGUACAACCUGGCAAAGAUCAUCAUCUUCCUGUUUGGGGAGCAGUGACCUUGCAGCCAUCCCCACUAGAUCCUUUUGUUUCACAUAGCACGAGACAGUCAAUCAAUGAGGGAUGCAGCCAAAAAGAAUUGUCUCCACCACAUCUGGCAAGAAUUAGGUGGCUGGUCUCUAAAUGGGUGGUUGGGCACGUUGUUGGGAGGAAUCAUUUGUGUAGUUCUAGUUAUUAUAGGAAUCUGCAUAGGUUGUACAGGCUGCCCAGAUGGGCUGUGGAGUCAACCUGGACGAGUUCCUGCGUGACCUGCUCUAGCUCAUCUUGCUCUGGCAAACAAAAUAUAUGUUAUUGAAGGAA